AUGGCCACGUACGCCCCAUGGUCUUACCACGCUUUCCUCAACAGACUCAAAACUUAUACUUUUGCAACAUGGACCGACAUUGACCUAGAUGAUAUCCCAAUCGAUAUCCUCCAUCGUAUUCUCUCCGCAACAGCUUCCCCUGCAAUCCCCCCCGCUCAAUCAUCCUCAUCUUCAUCCUCUACUCCAAAUACUUCCCUCUUCCAACCCUCCUCUUCCCCAUCCUCAACAACUGUCUCCCCACUCGUAGCCCCAGGCUUAUCCUCCCAUCAUCCUUCCCCAUCCCUCUCUUCUCCUUAUAACCUCCUCCCAAUAUCUUCUGCAUCCACAACUACAACAACAUCCUCCUCAUUAAGAGCCCCCUCUGCAUCCCCAGGGCUUCUCCCCCUCACACCAGCUACUCCAGUCUCAACCCCAACUCUUUCCCUAACUCCAGUAGACUGUGCUGCCCAUGGAUGGGUCGCCUUCUCUGCUUUUGACAAACCUCAAAUGCGCGUCGGCUCCCAAGAUGCCGGCGGCGGUGUCCUCCGCUGCGUCACGUGCUCAAAAGUCCUCUCCAUCCUGGUCCCCCUCCCAGAUACAGCCCUUCUUUAUUCACAAUCCCAACACGACUCUGACUCCUUUAAACAUCAAGUCUACGUCACCAAAUCAAUCAUUGCUCAUGUCCGUUCUCAGCUUAAAAAUGACCACUCACCAACUUGCCCUUGGAGAAGACGUGCUGCCGCCUCUGCUGCUGCUUCCGCUGCUGCUGCUGCUGCUGCUACAACUACAACUACAACUGCAUCAACCCCAGAUUUAAAUGCAAGCCCACCAUUACUAUCAAUAGGCGGAUCCCCACCAUUACUCCCUACCACUAGCCCGGUUGCCAUCAAUACUCCCCCUUUAAUACCCAAAAAGUCCAAGCGAAGUCCUGCCAUCACUGCAAUCGGAUCCCCGGAACUCUCAGGAGUAGGAGCUCCACCAGCAGACUCAGCCAUUCCUUACUACAAACGUCUUGAAGGUGAUAUCCCCUAUAAAGUCGUCAAGGAAUUCUUACAACGUAAAACAAAACUUGAAACUGCUCGAGCUCAAGCUUUGACUAAAGAUGACCCGACCGCAUCCGUCACAAUCCUGCCAAACUCGGAACUCGACCGGAAAAUGGAAACUUACGCUGCAAUGGGGUGGACCCCUUAUAAAGCUACAAAACCAAAGGAAACUUCAGCAGCUGCUGCAGCUGCCGCUGCCGCUGCCGCUGCUGCAGACCCCCGCAGACAAGACCCACAACAACCUCCAUUGAACGACACAACAGCAGGUCCUACAUUUCUCGUAGAGUGUGACGCAUGUUUCAGGCGGAUUGUGGUGGCUGCACGGGCCAUGGAGGUAGUUCAUUCACAGGAUGGGGUUGUUGAUUUAUCUGCAGAGCUACGACAACUAGAUGAUGUGGCCAACUGGGCGCGUGAGUUAGAACUUGAACAUAAACAGUAUUGUGCUUACAUUCAUCCAUACCGUAAAGAACGAAUGGUUCAAGCAUAUGUUAAACUGUUAAGGUGUCCACGAGACCCGGUACCACCAUCCACCAAGAAAAAAAGGGCAGCCGCAAGUGCAGCUGCUGUAACUGCAACCACAGAACCCCGAGCUAAACGAGGCAGUAGUGGUGCACACACAAGUCCUAACUUGCAAGACCCUCAAGCGGUAGUAGUUCAGACCCCGUCACCAAGUACAGAUUAUGUUAAGCAGCAUCAACACCCGCACCAGCACCAACAGUCAACGGCUACAACAACGACAUGUUUGGCAUUAGAUGGGAUCUCAGUGCUACCUGCUCUAUCAACAUUAUCUUCAGCCAAUGGGUUGGAUGAUUGUGUAGAGCCACAGGAAGAUGACGGUGGAUUAGCUGAACGUGGGAAACGGUUAGCUAAGCUACACGAUUUGUAUAAGUCUUGA